AAUAGGAGAAGAUCUGUCAUCCGCGCAACAACUAACCCCACUUCAAUCGCAUGCUGUUGUUGGUGUUGGCUGCAAACAGCGAAACACAAUGGUGGCGCAACGCAAAAAGAAGUACGCGACCGGCGAGGGGGCGCAGUUCAUGACGCGCAAGGCGGCGCUCAAGAAGCUGCAGCUGUCGCUGAACGACUUCCGGCGCCUGUGCAUCCUCAAGGGCAUCUACCCGCGCGAGCCCCGCAACCGCAAGCGCGCCCAAAAGGGGCACAGCGGCAUCAAGACGCUCUACCACGUGAAAGAUGUGCAGUUCCUGCUGCACGAGCCGAUCAUCUGGACGCUGCGCGACUACAAGAUCUUCAACAAGAAGGUGGGGCGCGCGCGAGCCAUCAAGGACUUCGAGAGGCUUCGCCAGCACCUCAACAGCCACCCGACGCUGAAGCUCGACCACAUCGUGAAGGAGCGCUACCCGACGUUCGCGGACGCGCUGCGCGACUUGGACGACUGUCUGACGCUCUGCUUCCUGUUCAGCACGUUCCCGUCGCUGGCGCACGUGCCCCGCGACCAGUCCGCCCUCUGCAGGCGCCUCACCAUGGAGUUCCUGCACGCCGUCAUCGAGGCGCGCGCCCUCCGCAAGGUCUUCAUCUCGAUCAAGGGCUACUACUACCAGGCGCAGCUCAGGGGCGAAACGGUCACCUGGAUCGUGCCCCACCACUUCGCCUUCGAGCCCCAGCAGAAGGCCGAGGUGGACUUCAAGAUCAUGUCCACCUUCGUGGAGUUCUACAACGUGCUGCUCGGCUUCACCAACUUCCGGCUGUACCACGAGCUGGGCCUGCAGUACCCGCCGCGCUUCACGCGGGCGCAGACCGAGAGCGAGCGCGCGCUGGUGGACGAGGAGGCCUUCGUGGCGGAGCGGGUCUGCGCCCUCAGCCUGCCCAUGCUGGGCGCCCGCGCCCCCCUGGACGAGGACCCCGACGCCGGCCUGGAGGACGCCGAGCGGCUGCAGCGCCUCCAGAACCUCUUCAGGGGCCUCAAGUUCUUCAUCAACCGCGAGGUGCCGCGCGAGCCCUUCGUGUUCGUGGUGCGCAGCUUCGGGGGCGAGGUCUCCUGGGACAGCGCCCUGUUCGUCGGGGCGACGUUCGACGAGAGCGACGAGUCCAUCACGCACCAGAUCGUCGACCGGCCCUCAAUCGACAAAAAGUACAUCUCCCGCUACUACGUCCAGCCCCAGUGGGUCUUCGACAGCGUCAACAAGGGCGAGCUGCUCCCCGUCCACCAGUACUUCAUGGGCGAGGUGCUGCCGCCCCAUCUGUCGCCGUUCAUCGACGCGGCGCGCGACCAGCAGUACGUGCCGCCCGAGGAGCGCCGCCUCUACGACCCGGAGGCGCUGGAGGCGCAGCACCAGAAGGACCAGGCGGCCAUCGCGCAGGGCCUGCCGGAGGCGGCGCCCGCCGACGAGGCGCCCGCCCCCAGCGGGAAGCUGUCGGUGAGCGUGGGCGAGGUGCACAAGGAGGUGCCGUGGGAGGCGAGCAGACAGGAGCGCCAGGAGUACCGGCUCAGGGAGAAGAUGGUGAAGAAGAAGCACAAGAAACUGUACAAGAGCAUGAUGGAGGGCAAGACCAAGCGGGCCAAGGAGAUCUGGCUGUUGCGCAAGAAAAGGCGCCUGCACGACCAGCAGCAGCAGCAGCCGCAGCAGGACUGACCCACUUUUAUUGUUUUACACUUUACACGCCAAUAAAUUAACUAGUUAGUA